AUGAAAAUCGCCAUUGCUCUAUUGUUGACUGCGCUGGCAGAGGCCAUCGAGGUCAGCCCCCAACCAGCCGGAGUCUCUCUAACCACCAUCACCGCCACGUCGGUCGACGUCGUCACCUCCACGACAACCACCAGCUUCGCCAUCACCACCACCACCCCCUCCUGCGAGGUUGCUACCGCCCAGCCUGAUACGGCCUCAUGUGUCUCAACUAUUUGGUCCUCGGGUACGAGGUACUUUUCGCAGGACUGCGCCUCGGCCGACUUUAAUUACGAGACCAUCCUCGUCGGCGACACUGGCAGCGUCGCCUAUAGCUCUUGUGUUAAUUUAUGUCUCUCGAAAAGCACCUGUCUAGGUGUAAGAUAUAUAAACAGCUACUCGAUCUGUGAAUAUUUGUCGGGUGGCGUAACAGUGGUGACUGCUGGGGCCUCGUUCAACCAGGCCAUGGUGAUAUAUACUACCAAUCCAUGCACCGAGGUUGAGACCACCUUGACCACGACGGAAACCCUCGUCGACACUUCAACCGUCACCUAUACCACUCUCUGUAUCAAGUUCUGCAUCCAGUUCAGCAUCCAGUUCUGCAUCCAGUUCAGCAUCCAGUUCUGCAUCCAGUUCUGCAUCCAGUUCAGCAUCAAGUUCUGCAUCAAGUUCUGCAUCCAGUUCUGCAUCAAGUUCUGCAUCCAGUUCUGCAUCAAGUUCGGCAUCAAGUUCUGCAUCAAGUUCGGCAGCAUCCAUCUCGUCCAGCUCAUCCACCCAGCCAUCUCUCCCCCCUCAUGUAUCCUCCAGGCCUCUCACAAGCAGUACAGCUUCCAGCACCGCCAACCACACUCUGACAGACUCGGUGAUUAUCUACAGCAUGACCUCGACCGUUUAUACCACCGACAUCUCUACAGUCUACGGCUGCCCGGCUGA